AUGGACAGACCUGUGAGGCCAAGACUGGCCUCCGUCAGAGACUUUCAGUUUGGAGCUGUUGCCGCGGAGACGAUCGAAGAUGCUCUUUUCCACUUGGCCCAGCAGAAUGAGCAAGCAGUGCAGGAGGCUGCCGGCCAGAUGGGCAGCUUCAGGGAGACCCGUUUCGUGGAGUUUGUUUUUCUCCUCUCUGAACAAUGGUGUCUGGAGAAAUCUGUGAGUUACCAGGCUGUAGAAAUCCUAGAAAGGUUUAUGAUUAAGCAGGCAGAGAGUAUCUGCAGACAAGCCACAAUCCAGCUGAGAGAUAAGACAGAGUCUCAGACUUGGAGGGCUCUGAAAGAGCAGCUUUUCAACAAGUUUAUCCUGCGUCUUGUGUCAUGUGUUCAGCUGGCAAGCAAACUGUCUUUCCACUACAAAAUAAUCAGCAACAUUACUGUCCUGAAUUUCCUCCAGGCUCUAGGGUAUCUACACACUAAAGAAGAACUGCUGGAGUCAGAGCUUGAUGUUCUGAAGUCUCUGAACUUCCAAAUCAACCUGCCUACUCCUCUGGCAUACGUGGAGAUGCUCCUAGAGGUUUUAGGAUACAAUGGCUGUUUGGUCCCAGCCACACAGCUGCAUGCAACCUGCCUGACCUUGCUCGACCUAGUCUAUCUUCUGCAUGAACCCAUAUACGAGAGCCUGCUGAGGGCUUCAAUUGAGAACUCCACACCCAGUCAGCUGCAAGGAGAGAAGUUUGUUUCAGUGAAGGAAGACUUCAUGCUGCUGGCAGUAGGAAUUAUUGCAGCAAGUGCUUUCAUCCAAAACCAUGAGUGUUGGGGCCAGGUUGUAGGGCAUUUGCAGGCCAUCACUGGCAUCUCCUUGGAGAGCAUCGCUCAGUUCUCUUAUGCAAUCCUGACUCACAGCGUGGGAGCCAACACUCCCGGGCGACAGCAGCCUGACCCUCCCCACCUGGCAGCCAGAGCUCUGAGGGCUGCUGCUGCCUCCACCACAUGAGGCAGUGGGAAUCCGCCAAAUGUAAACAGCCUUCCAUCACUGCACUCCUUCCUCCCUUUGUUUACUUUCAUACUCAGGGUACAAAAGUUCCAAGCAUCUUUUGAACCACGUUUUAUACUGCAAUUUCAUGCUUAUUUUUCUCCUUCAGAGAAAGGGUUAAAGUGGACAAGCCUGUCCUUCUUGUCACAUUAGAUGGAAAAUGUCAGAGAAUGGAGAGGAGACAGAGUAUUAGUGAAGUUGGUUCAUUUCUGUUCAACAAGAUAUGUAUGGCUUUUAAUUGUUAAUUUCAUUAACAGAAAACAUCAGGCAUGGAGAUUAGUAUUAAACAGGGCCAAAAACCAGACCAUCUGGGUGACCCUGACUGAGCAAGGAGGCAGCCUUUUUUCCCCUUGAAGUUAGUUUAACUUCUCUGUUGUUAUUGAA